AUGUUAUUGUGGGUCCAUGUUUGCUGGCAAGGCCACUGCCCUUCUUCGUGGCAUGAAAUCCGAGCUCAACGCUGCCAGGAAUGUGGUGAUUUGAAAUCGAGCAAGGAUACAAGAUAUGCUACAGACUCGGUUGUGGCUCGAGAUGGGAUUAAAUCUCCUUGCUGGACAUCACCGGACUUGUUGUCUUUCAGAGAUAAAUACGGCUACGAUGCUUAUCAGAAGUUGGAUGCGAUUGGCAUAGACAAGGCUCAGUUUUUUAGGACCUAUAUGAGUUUUGGUGCAAAGCUGCUGAUGAAGAUGUUAACAGCUUGCGAACUAUGUGGCAAACCCAAGUUGCUGAGAGGAUUGUUCUCCAAUUUCAAACUGUUUAAACUGACUCCCAUCUUGAGCCAGCUUCAGAUGUUUAAGGGUCAUUGGAAAUUGGCUUCCAUGUUGGUCUGA